AUGUCGGACCAGAGAGUCACCUCACUUGACACAGACGGUGGCCUCGGCGAGACUUCUCGUGACAGAAGACCCCUCCAGCCGUUACUUGCUAAGGGCUCAGCGAGUGUCAAAAAACUGAGCAGCAAUCCACCACCCUCUCAAGGAAUAUUCGCGACUCCGGAAAACGAAUCUUUCUACAAAUUAUAUUCCUACAGCGACUUGGAAUCGACAGAGCAAGACAUCAGAUUGAUCCAUGUCUUCAAAGAUGAGCACUGCGACCUGAUUCAGUGCGAGUUCCUCCCACAGUCAAGUCUUCGGGAAGCCAGCGGAAGUUACCAUACCCUGUCCUACUGUGCAGGGGAUCCAUUGAAGGCAGAGCCCGUUCUCUUGCAAGGUAUCAAGUUCAAUGCAUUCGCCAACUUGCAACAUGCCCUGGAGCAGACUCUAUCGCUGUGGAAGCACAAGUAUCCACAAGAAGAAUGCGUCCUCUGGGUCGAUCAAAUAUGCAUCAAUCAGCGGAACGACGCUGAACGAUCGCACCAGGUCGGGCUCAUGCGGGAUAUUUAUACCAACUGUCGAGGAACCUUCAUCUCUCUUUCGACGGCCGACUCAUAUGAGACUGGUUCCAACGGUAUGGAUUGGUUGAGGGAGCUUGCCGAAGCCUACCAACUGCCAGGCACAUUCCAAGCUCGGCGCGACAAGUUCUGGUGUAUCUUGCAAGAAAACAUCUCAAAUUAUAACUUUUUUGAAGGCUGGUAUUCCUUCUAUGAGCUUUUCCAGUGCCCAUGGUGGAGGCGCGCCUGGAUACACCAAGAGUUCAUAUGCUCACCCAGCGCUACCUUCAUGUACCACGGCAGCACUAUUUUCUCUACACACACUUCGUUUCUCUUGUUACUCUGUCGGACUUUGUCAGCUUUUGGAAUUAUUGGCUUUCUCGUGCUGGAAGCAGAAAGGUCAAAGAAAACCAGAGUGCCGAAGAUAGAUCGAGAUCUCGUGCUGGAGAUUUGCGCGAGAAACGAGCGUGCCAGAGACUCGCUUGAAGCCGUACAGUUGCUACUGGACUCCAAGGAGACAUGGAGGGGUGACGAAGACCUUAAGAAGGUAUUGGCCGGAUCUCGACAUUGCAGAAGCUCUGAUCCUAGAGAUCGCAUCUUCGCCUUCCUAGGACUCGCACAUCCCGGAUAUGGUAUUGAAACAGAUUAUAGGAAGUCCAACACCCUCCGUGCUACCAUUAUACAUACGGCUAAGAAAAUUCUCGAGUUUGACCAACAUUUGGAGAUGCUGGCAUUCGCCGUCAGAACAAUCAUAGUAAGGCCGGGCGUGUUACCGUCUUGGGUGCCAGAUUGGGCGUCAACUAUGAUUUUGGAGGAUGGCCACUUUGCACGGCUUCCAGGGCAGGAUAAACAAUUCCAGCAUGAUGCUAUCGGCUCAUCUGUUAUCCAUCCUUCUACUGACGCCAAUAAUGUCUUCCUACGAGUCUGA